CGCCUGUCAAUAGCUCGCCCAACUCGCUGGUGGACGCGCCCUGCUGUUGCCCAAAUCAGGGGCUUGUCCCAGUAAAGGCCACUCAUCCCAAACACCCACCCCUUCACCAGACUGAGCGUCCGACAAGUGGGGGCAGGCGUGGGUUGAAGUUUAACCAGCACCUCAGGAGCUUGGGUGAGUUUCUGCAGAGAGGACUGCACCGUCCGCCCUAGUCGGAUCCAGCGAGAACGCCUGCAGAAGAGCACACCGUCCGAUUCGGGCCACGGGGCCAGCCCGAGAUGCUGAGGGCCGUGGUCUGGGGGAGGAACGGCUGCAAGUCCUGGGGUUUGGCCUCCCUGGCCGGGCAGGUGCGCGGGCUUCUCCCAAGCCGACCAAGGAGGCCGAUGCGAUGGUGCUCACAGCACCCCCACGCCCAGGGAUGCCGGGCUGGCGCUCUGCACCCCCUCUGGACAGGCCCAGUCGCCGUGCCAGGGGGCACCCGGCAGUCUCCCAUCGACAUUCGGUGGAGGGACAGCGUCUACGACCCCCAGCUGAAGCCCCUCAGGGUCUCCUAUGACGCCGCGUCCUGCCUGUACGUCUGGAACACCGGCUACCUCUUCCAGGUGGAGUUCGACGACACUGCUGAGGGCUCAGGGAUCAGCGGCGGGCCCCCGUACAGGCUGAAGCAGUUCCACUUCCACUGGGGAGCAGCCAGCGAGUGGGGCUCCGAGCACACGGUGGACGGCCGCGCGUACCCAGCUGAGCUGCACGUGGUUCACUGGGACUCCGGGAGAUACCCCAGCUACCAGGAGGCUGCGCUGGGGGAGGACGGCCUGGCGGUGAUAGGCGUGUUUCUGAAGCUGGGGACCCACCACCCAGGCCUGCAGCCGCUGGUGGACGUUCUGCCCCGCAUCAGGCAGAAGGACGCACGGGUGGCCAUGGGCCCCUUCGACCCCUCCUGUCUGCUGCCUGCCUGCCAGGACUACUGGACCUACGCGGGCUCCCUCACCACCCCGCCACUGACUGAGUCGGUCACCUGGAUCAUCCAGAAGCAGCCCCUCGAGGUGGCUCCAGACCAGCUGUCAGCCUUCCGCACGCUGUUUUCCGCACUUGGCGAAGAAGAGAAGGUGAUGGUGGACAACUACCGGCCCCUGCAGCCCCUGAUGGGCCGGAAAGUCCGCUCGUCCUUCCAGGCCCCUGAAGUGGGAGCGAGGCUCUGAACUCACUCUGUCCACGCCGGCAGGCAGAGCUGACCGCGGAGGAGGAAGUCUUGCUCCCAGGCGCCGGUCUGAUCGUGUGUGACCUCUGAAAUUAAAAACGAAGAACGAGA